UGGCCCACCCUCAGGAGCCUCACCACCCCUCUGAAAAGCCGGUCAUCCACUGCCAUAAAUGUGGGGAGCCAUGUAAAGGUGAAGUUCUCCGUGUUCAGGCCAGACACUUCCACAUCAAAUGUUUCACCUGCAAAGUGUGUGGGUGUGACUUGGCACAGGGAGGCUUUUUCAUCAAGAACGGGGAAUACCUUUGCACCUUGGAUUACCAGCGCAUGUACGGCACCCGCUGCAACGGCUGUGGAGAGUUCGUGGAAGGAGAAGUAGUGACAGCUCUGGGAAAAACUUACCAUCCAAGCUGCUUUGCCUGUACUGUUUGCAAGCGUCCGUUUCCACCAGGAGAUCGGGUUACCUUUAAUGGAAGGGACUGUCUCUGUCAGAUGUGUGCUCAGCCCAUGUCCUCCAGUCCAAGAGAACUAUCUGCCUCAAGCAAUUGUGCUGGCUGUGGAAGAGACAUAAAAAAUGGGCAAGCAUUGCUAGCUCUGGAUAAGCAGUGGCACCUGGGGUGCUUUAAGUGCAAGGCCUGUGGGAAGGUCCUCACCGGGGAAUACAUCAGCAAAGAUGGUGCUCCUUAUUGUGAAAAGGACUACCAAGUGCUUUUUGGAGUCAAGUGUGAAGCAUGUCACCAGUUCAUUACUGGGAAAGUCCUAGAGGCAGGUGACAAGCAUUAUCAUCCAAGCUGUGCACGAUGCAGCAGGUGCAACCAAAUGUUCACAGAAGGAGAAGAAAUGUAUCUGCAAGGUUCCACUGUCUGGCAUCCCGACUGUAAGCAAUCCACUAAGACAGAAGAUAAGCUCCGGCUGUCACAACUCUGGCAGAAUAUACAGUGGAGGCACUUCAGAGCUAUUAUCACCGCCUUGCAUAAUGAACUCUAUCAAAAAAUUAAGCCUACAAGAACAUCAUCAGAAAGUAUUUAUUCCAGACCAGGUUCCAGUAUACCUGGCUCUCCAGGCCACACUAUCUAUGCAAAAGUAGACAAUGAAAUCCUUGAUUACAAGGAUUUAGCAGCCAUUCCCAAAGUCAAGGCUAUUUAUGACAUUGAACGUCCAGACCUAAUUACUUAUGAGCCAUUCUACACUUCCGCCUACGAGGACAGACAGGAGAGACAGAGUCUUGGAGAGUCUCCAAGGACAUUAUCACCUACCCCUUCUGCAGAAGGUUACCAGGAUGUUCGGGAUCGCAUGAUCCACAGGUCUACAAGUCAGGGCUCCAUCAAUUCUCCCGUGUACAGUCGUCACAGCUACACACCCACCAUGUCACGCUCCCCUCAGCAUUUCCACAGACCAGGCAAUGAGCCGUCCAGCGGUCGGAACUCCCCUGUCCCCUAUCGGCCUGACAGUCGCCCUCUCACUCCAACUUACGCUCAGGCCCCUAAACAUUUCCAUGUUCCAGAUCAAGGUGUCAACAUUUACAGGAAACCGCCCAUCUACAAACAGCACGAUGCAGCUGCCUUGGCAGCACAGAGCAAGUCCUCCGAGGAUAUCAUCAAGUCCUCCAAGUUCCCAGCAGCUCACGCACCAGCACCCAACGAGAUACCAAAGAUUGAGACGGACCACUGGCCAGGUCCUCCCUCCCUUGCUGCCAUAGGAGCUGACAUGAGACGCAGAUCAAGUGGCAGAGAGGAAGAUGAUGAGGAGCUACAGAGGCGCCGGCAGCUGCAGGAGGAGCAGCUCAUGAAGCUCAACUCUGGUCUGGGGCAGUUAAUAUUGAAAGAAGAGAUGGAAAAGGAGAGUCGCGGUAGGUCAGCCCUUUCUGCCAGUCGUUACGAUUCUCCAGCACAUGCUUCAGCCUCCAAAACCUCUUCUCUCCCUGGGUAUGGAAAAAAUGGACUUCACAGGCCGGUGUCCACAGAUUUUGGUCAGUACAACAGUUACGGGGAUGUGAGUGGUGCUGUUAGAGAUUUCCAGUCCCUCCCGGAUGGUCAUGUCCCUGGAAUGAGAAUGGACAGAGGAGUAUCUAUGCCUAACAUGUUGGAGCCAAAGAUUUUUCCAUAUGAAAUACUCAUGGUGACCAACAGAGGGCGAAAUAAAAUACUAAAAGAUGUAGACAGAACCAGGCUUGAGCGUCACUUAGCGCCUGAAGUUUUUCAAGAAAUAUUUGGCAUGACGAUACAGGAGUUUGACAAGUUACCUCUCUGGAGACGCAACGACAUGAAGAAGAAAGCAAAACUCUUUUAAUCUCCCUUUAAACAAACCAACAAAAAAUGAUGCAUAGGAUGUUGUUGUAUCAUACAGUCCACACUGUUUGGAAGCAACUACUUAUCCACUGAAAAGGGAAAAAUCACAUAGUGGCACCUCUGUAUACAGCAGCUGAACAAGAUGAACAUUUGCCCUCCUGGAACACAGGGAGAAAAUAUCUGGGCUCAGAAACAACAAUGGUAGUUUUCAGAGGUGUCGACCUGUUACAUGAUAUGAUACAAGAUAGAAAACUGUUCUGUUCUUCUCCCUCAAUGAUACUCCCUUUACUUCUCUCCACAAUAUGAUGGACUUUAUUGCUAGAGCCAGGAAGUGCCCUUAGGAUGCCUUGUAGACUAAAGUAGUUGUAACCACUCCAAGAACUGGAAAAGAAAAUAUACAUAUAUAAAUAUAUAUAUAUAUAUGUAUGUGUGUUUGCCUGUGUGCACACCUGUAUUUAUAUCUAUCCAUCUCUCUCUGUGUGUGCGUGUAUGUGUGUGUAUAUAUGUGUGUAUAUAUGGAGAGGAAGAUGGAUAGGUGCUCUGUAGUGAAGGAGAAGCCCCUUGUAACUUAUCCACAUGGUCACAUUAAGUCUUUCACUCAGCUGUUUCUUACCUGGCACUCUUUUGACGUGGCAUCUUCUUCGUGUGAAACCACCUGCAAUGGUGGGCGCUCUGCUCACUUAUCGUGCGUACUGGUUGGAUUUCUGGAAAAUGGAUUCCUUGUAUAUAUUUGCUAGGGUAUAGGAAGUGAAUUGCUGUGUGUGUUGUCAGUCUUCCCUUUUCCACACUUUCUGCUUGAAUUAAUAAGGCUGGAGAGUAACCAGUCCUUUGAAUAAUUUAAGAUCAUUUAAGUAAUGGGAAUGAUGGAGAAGAGUCAGUUUUCUUGUAAUUUACUCCAGGAGAUGGGUGGGUGGGGGUGGGAGUGGGAGUGACAGAGUGAGAAAAUGCUUUCUUAAGUGUGCCCUGGUUUGCACCCAGAGAUUUUGGGACAAACUCCCUGCUAGUAAUUACUAGUACAGCUCAUCAGACUGCAGUGGAGUUGUAGGAUUUUACACUGAUGGGGAAGGUUCUCUGCAAGCUAACAUGCAAAUUCAUCCCUCUUAGGAAGGGAUGUUUAUGAAUUAAAAGGUACCAUCAAGGUGCCACGCUCUGCCAAUAGAGGCUUUUUGAUUAAACUGCAGUUGCUGUUGUCAAUAUGGCACAGUGCAUGGGGCCAAGCACUCUUUUUAGUUAAUGUAGUUUUUCACUUGUGCUUGGAAAACAGGGCACAGACUUUUUUUUUCCUUUCUUGAAGCAUCAAAGCUCCAGCCUUGGUUAUUUUUAUUUCCCUUUGUGCCUGACUUGGUUUUUGAAGACAGAGUAAUCAUGCAAGACAGUUUCUGAGCUGCAUUGAACUCCUUAUUGCUUUCAGUCUUCUUCCAGUAUGCUGCAGCUUAAAAAACUGCCUGUAUAUACCUUAACUGCUUCUGGGCAAGUCCUAUACAUAGGAGGACAUGAGCACCAAAGUAAUUGAAUGGAUGCAUUGUGGCUGCCAGGUCAGCUUUUUCUCUUCUUUAAGUGGUGCUUAACUGCCAAUGCAUACUGCACUAAUGAGCCUGUCUCCUGGUACGGGAGGGGGUCCUUUAGGUUCUGUGUCUGUCAAAGAAUAUCAAGGUUUCCUUCUUAAUGCAGAAACUUCAGGCACUGGAGACAUCAGAACCUCUGAAUUUUCUGUCCUAUGAGACAUGGGUGUUAAAAUCUGCAAGUUAGGAAGGGGAAACAGUCCCACGUAGUUGUGAGAUUCAGUAUCACUGUGUUGAGUUCUCUUUAUCACCAAAUGACAUUUCACCAUGAACUGUGCAGGGCAGCCCAAAUCCUGCCUCUUCUUUGCUGGUUUAGGAAGUCCUGUUGCAACAGAUCACUGUGGUUCCUUUGAUAAAAUCUGAGAUGGAGAUUCAGUAAAUGAGAGACAGAGACCAGGGAUCACCACCUGCUCCACGUCCUUAGAGCUGAGGGAAUGGUGACUCUAUGGGACAAGUUGGAAAACAUCCUACCAUGGAGAUCUGGCACCACGGUCCCCACUGCACACAAGUCCCCAGUGAACACUGUGACACACACACACACUUGAGUGAGCUCUCUGGAUAGUACUGAGAUUGCAGCAAGAAUCGGUGUAACAUGUUUUAAUUUUACUUUUCAGAACAUGCAUCUGAAAGCUUUUUAGAGGAGCACUGAGAAGUGCUAGUUAAGGGCACUGGCAGAUGCGUUUUUGAGUGACUGCUGAAACCAAAUCCAUAUGAUGGAAGAACAACAGUGUUUUACAGUCAGAGAAUUUGUGAAUGGUCGAUGUCUCAGAAAUUCAGUGUUUGUCACCCGCAAGGUGUGGCUUAAUUUUGAGGUGAAUGUGUGGGUUUUAAUGCACUUAAAUUAUUAAAUUCUCCAAAUUUUGUUCAUCCCACGUCCUGUAGACAAUGUGUGCUGCUGCCUCUCAAACUAUUAGGCAUUUAGGUCUGAAGAUUUGGUCUCUCGAGGAUGUGAGCUGCCAGUCUGCAUUUUUCUGUCCCCAUCUCUGGAUUACUAUUGAACUUCUCACAACAUAUACGAAUAGAUUACCCAGUCAUUUCAGAAAUGACUAAGCCAUGUUGUUUCCUCACCUCUGCAUCCUAUGCAAAAAAAAAAAAAAAAAAAAAAAAGGUUGGGAAAAAAAGAGAACUUAGCCUCCUAGGCUGUGAAGAGUGACCUGGUAAUUUGUAUCUGCCUCAACAACUGAGAAUUUAGAACUGUAAUUGAAGCUUGGGAAGGAAUGAAGAGAAGCCAGCUUAGAUGCUGCUGAAAGAAUUCAUCUCUAGGUGGAUUUUUGGACCACUGCUGGUUCACAUUUCACUGGUGUGGACCGGUCAGUCAGUUCACAGCCCCCUGCACCAGACUUAAUACUGCUUUAUUUCUGAUUAAGAACAUGAAGGGUUUUCUGAGCUUCAGUUUCAUGCCCAUAGUUACUUCCCAGCCAUAUCCAUGUAGACACACCCCAAGUGGUUCUUGUCUGUCCACAAGACCCACACUGCAGCCAGACAUAGCAGGGGGGUGUUUUCUGCAGUGGGCUCUUAGUGAUUGUCACUGCAACAUUUUCUAUUCUUUCAUCUGGUCUUCCCACCUAAUAAAAAUGAAAUGUAGCCCCAGGGAGAAUUUUCUUUGUAAGCAAUUAAUCAUUCUCCUACUAUCAAUCGAGUAGCAGCUCUUUGUAACUCCCCUCUUUGAUUUUCCCUUGAGACAUGUCAAGGGUUGGACUAGAUGACGUUUAAAGGUCCCUUCCAACCCAAACCAUUCCAUGAGUCUAUGAGUAUGCCUUAAGUACAUGCUUAUGUUCUUCUAUCUCCUGCAAAGCGUUUGAGCUUCUGAUAAAGUCCCAUCCCAUCAGUGCUGUCAACAGAAUGUCAUUACCAGGAGGACCGAAAACUGAUUGCUUUCAUCUUCUUUUUUCUGCUUUAGGAGUGAUGUAAGGGCAAAGACCAGUCAAAGAAUUGCUAAAUAACCGCAUGUGUACAAAAUGGAAUUAUGUACACAUGCAGGCUCUCAAACACAGGUGCCCAUGUAACACACACACUCCCCAUUUGGAGCUCAUUAAAUGUGGUUUGUGAUGUGUUGUGGGCAUGGCUGCAGUGUGCUGUGAAAGGUUAGGCUUGGAGAAGAGUGCACUCCUCAGUAGCUGCGUGUGGGACAAGAUGGCCCUGUGGCUCCAGUAGUGCUCUUACUUCAGUCAAGACAGAUGUCAUCUCUCCUUUCAACCUCCUACAGUCCUAAGUCUGUGGGCCAAGCACUUGAGGUGCUUGCUUCCCUUUUCUUGUUGCAACUUGGAAAUCCUUUCUGAGCCAAGUAGUUCAGAUGUCUUGCUGUUCAAGGGAGGUCAUCAGGAGCCUCUUCUGUAAAAGUUUGCUGCGCUGAAAUGAGACACAUUUUAAAGUGAAAUCCUUUUCCACAAGUCCUGUGUUUCCUGGUAGGGUAAUAGCAAUGGACAGAGAAGGAGAAAGGUCUGAAAAGGAGGGCUGGCAUAAGCCAGGGUUUGCCAGGGUGAUGUUUAGCAGGAUGAGAGGAAAACAUUGGUAUGAGCCUGUAGUACCUCUUUCAAACUGUGGGGAAGUCAAGUUUGGAGUUCACAGCAUAUGAGAGUCUGUACUGAAAUUAAUGGUAUGAAGCUGUUAGAAUAAACAACAGAAAAAUUAGGCCCCAGAAUGGUAAAAAUAAGAACGUCCUCUAAACUCAUCAUGGAAUUACUUAUCUUGGCUCAUCCUGAAUUAGGAGGAGAUCUUGGCAUAUUUGGACCAUGGCCUCCUAGAGUAGACCAAAUGGAAACCACCCUUUCUCUCACUCCAUGAUUCAUUGUUUUCCUUUGGAAUGUGUUUGUGGAGGAGAAUGUCCACAUCCCAAAAGUUACCCACAGCAGUGAAGACUACUCAGUGAUAAUGAUAAUGAUAAUGCAAUAAAACACUUACAGGAAACAAGAAUAUCAACUAAUCUGUCCCAAAAUGCCACUCAUUUUUCCAUGCCAGAGAGAAACUUAGGACUUGAGUCCAGAGCUGCCUUCCCUAUUCAGUUAAACCCCAGCAGGUCAUGGUCCAGUUUGUGCCCUGUCAAACUCUUUGACCUUGUCAACACACCUGCUAGAGUCCAGCAUAGUCUUCAGGGUAGAUGCAUAGCAAGGGCUGGUCUUGACAAUAUGUGGAGUGUUUUCACCCUGUUGCUGUGUAAUGAAGAGCUAGAGAGGGCUCCUGAGCACUGUGACAGCAGCACAACGCGCCCUUCUCCUUUAAUGUAGAAACACCCUUAUUGCUGUGGGCUGCAGCAUUGCUCUGGCUGGUGAGUUUUGCCUUGUGAUUUCUCCUACACACCUUUUUUUUGUGCUUAAUAAAAUAAGAAACAAAACAAAACAAGACAAAAAAAUCUAUCACAAUGCAAAGACACCGAGUUUUCAGUCAGACGACUCUGCUGGUAGGAGCUAUGUGAUGCCCACGUUUGGUAGGAGUAUUGUUAAUUUUAAUGUAAGCAUCAGUGCAGGAAGCGGGAAUGUAAUUGGCCAUUAAUGUUGUUUGCCUGUAUGCAAAAUAAAUUAUUUGUUGCCCAGAGGGCUUCUAACAGGGAAAUAGAUUUCUGCUAAUAAUUUGCUCACAAGUGCUUGUCUGUGUGAAGAGGUAAUACUUCCACGUGCACUGUGGUCUUUUUUUGAGGUAAAGGAGACAUGAGUGAAGGCAAGCAGUAACCUGUCCUGUCAGGAUCACCACAGUUAAUGGAAGUGUUGCUCCCAGGACUUGCAAAGCUGAGGCCCACAGGACCUUCCUCCUGGGCAUUAGGAAAUGCAGCAUUUCAGCAGCAGAAGCAGCUAUGGGAAUUCCAGCGGUGCCUUACCAGGCUGAGUCUCUAGCUCCCUUAGGCGCUUUGACAGGUCCCACUGGACACUUGCCUGGGCUUUUGUCACUGAACACCUUCAGAAUGCACUUCCCCCCCUCCCCCAGAUGGAAACCCACUGACAGCAGUGGAGCCUCUCAUUGGUACCUGCACCCCUUGGGCCAGGCUGUCCCGGCAGGCCAGGCCAGGAAAGCCUCUGGCCACUGUGCACACCCACAGGAGCUCUGUGUGUCAUUCCCAGGUCAGUCCUGUCCAAGCAGCUUGGUCCCUGUGGACAGCUCUUCCUGUAAGGGGGCCUUACAGCUGGGGGAUUUUUUUUAAGCUUUGGAAACUGAAACUAAUUUUUUAAAGGUAUACUUUCCUUUAAAUCAGUAGACUUUGGCAAUAGGAUUUUUUAUUAUUUUCUUUUCCUUUUCUCCUCCCUCCACAUGUUACAAACCAGCGUUUUGGGGAGGUGUCCCUGUGUUUUCCAUUCACCUGUCUCUCUCUCUGAGUCUCUGUAAAAGUGAAUCCAUGUCUUGUCUGUACAGUAAGUCUGCUUGUAUGCAUAAUGAGAAGUUGAGCUGGGUUGCUGUUCUGUACAAUUAAUGUUUCCACUGUCACACCGCAAACAGCACAUAUUGCACUCCUGUGCCACUGUAAUCUGCAUCACUGUUGUACUCAAGUCAAUGAAUAAAGUUUGGAGCUUUAUUCUUAA